UUGUAAGUUAGAAAAACUAGUUGGGUUUGUUCCGAUGCAUAUUAAGAUCUGGCGAAUAGGGAGCGUUGCGCUGGUUGCUAGCUUACUAUAGAUUUUCUCAGAUUCUCGAAAUUGUAUUGACGAAAUCACAUUAGUCCGGUUCCGGUUGUCCUGUCUGGUCUACGUGUCCCAUAUAAAGUGUAUUUUUUCGCUAGUGUACCGACAGAGGGACCUUACACCUUGUUCUUGCGCAGCGCCGAUACAAAACAGCACAGCGUUAAGUUAACAGGCCGAUUUUGACUCAGAAAAACUGUUCUAUGGCGGCCACUAGCGUUGUAGUUCUCGAUAGGGGCAACAACACCACAUGCACCAUAAAUUUACAUGGGGCCACCGUUGUUUCAUGGCGAGUUAACAACCAAGAGCAACUCUUUGUUAGUAAACAAGCAAAAUUUGAUGGAAAGGAACCUAUUAGAGGUGGAAUUCCAUUUGUUUUUCCCCAGUUUGGACCCUGGCCUUUUGGUCCUCAGCAUGGAUUUGCUAGAAUAACCCGAUGGAAUCUGGAAAAAGCACCAGAGAGGCUCCAAAGCGGCGAUGUUGAAGCCAUUUUUUCACUUAUGGAUUCAGAUUUUUCACGUUCCAGUUGGAAUUACCAGUUUCGUCUGACUUAUAGACUGAUUCUCCGAGAGAAAGAACUGCAUUUUAAUAUUGCUGUUUAUAACCCCAGUAAAGAACUAACAUUCAGCUUUAAUAUGCUACUGCACACCUAUUUCAAAGUUCCUGACGUUCGCCGAUGUCAAAUUACUGGCUUACAAGGCUGCACUUUUGUUGACAAAACGAGAGAUGGUUCUAUUUACCAAGAAGCGCGAGAUGUUGUCACAAUUAACGAAUGGACUGACAGGAUUUACCAAAAUACUUCACAAGAACACAUCAUCACUAAUGUGGUUUCUGGGCGAAAGAUGCGAAUCCAGAAAUACAAUUUUCCAGACACUGUCGUUUGGAAUCCUUGGUUGGAUCGUGCUAAGGAUAUGUCUGAUUUUGGAGAUGACGAGUAUCCAAAUAUGGUUUGCGUGGAGUCUGGACAUGUAUCUAGCCCUGUUAUCCUUUUGCCAGAAAAUCAGAAGGAAGCAUUUUUUGAUAAAAAUACCUGUGAACCUGAACUAAUUGAUGCUCUAAAGGAUAUUCCUAAAAAUUACGCCAAUCAAAUAAUUGAUUUGGUGAAACAACAACAUGUUGAACAAAAUCUCAAUCAUCUCAAAAAAAGUGAAAAUUUGAUAGAUUUUUCAUCAUUUAAUGAGGAAGCAAAUGAAAUAACACCCAGUUUUAUGGAAAGUUCUGCGACUCCAAACCAAAAACUGAGACGUAGAAGUACUUUUUCGAUGUCACCCAGCCAAUCUUUGUAUUAUAGCUUAACUAGUGAUAAUAAAUUAGGAGUACUGCAAAAGAAAAAUGGCUAUUGUGGUUGCCACAGGGAACUUUUUCCUCCUAAAAAUGACUCACUAAAAAAGGAAUGGGCUGCUAGUGUAAUUGGUGCUCACGUCAAACGAUUCCUAACCAGGAGAUUGCUGAAAACUGAGAAAGUCCAAGCCCUAGUAGCAACAGUCAAAGGCGUACUUGUUUGUGCAGUUGAAUUACACUGCUCUUUAUGCCUUUCACAUUGUAUUUUUUGA